CUUCUCCCAGGGCGCGAGUAUGGCGCUGCACCUGGCUCUCCGCUACCACACCGACGUGGGCGCUGUGGUGUCGCUCAGCACCUUCAUGUACCACAACAGUGAGGUUUACAGGCACCUGCAAGAUGUAGGAAUCCCGGACAAGCUACCGCCAUUCUUGUUCUGCCACGGAGACGUGGACAAUUUCGUGGACCUGGAGUGGGGCAAGACCAUGCACCGGCGGUUUGGUCAGUACGGGGUUACAGGACAUUUCGAGACGAUACCAGGCCUGAAACAUACCGUCAACAAACCCGAGCUAGACUUUGUCAAAUCUUGGGUCAUGGAAAACAUGCCAUGAGAAUGAGGUGUACACUAGUUGGUUUUAGCCACACGUCGCCCCAUCUUCACAAACUUAAGUUUUACACUGGCAUCUGCAGUGACUGAAAUGUACUUUAUGUACCUACUUUUGAUUAACAUUUUUUUACAAAGAGUAUCAUUUUAUUAUUCUUGCAGCACCUGACAUCAUUUAAACUCUCCUCCAAUCGGAUCCCAUUUAAAAAAUGGACCGUUAAAAAAAUAGCAUUAUCUUUUGUCUCCAUGAGAAGCAUUUCUUUCCGUUUGAUUGAUUUUGUUUUUACUUAUCAUAAAAUGCGUAAACAGACAUCAUUCUCAAAUUAUAUUAUUAUAACAUAAGCUUAUAUUAUGGGUUUAAAAGAUGGCUCUGAUAAUAAUAAAACAUGAUGAUAAAUUAUUAAAUAGCUUUUAUGUGGCGCAAAUUGCCGUACAAUAGCAAACUCUAUUAUCUAUGAGCUUUAUAAUCUAUAUUUUUUUACCCCAGUAGACUCAGGAGCUAAAACACUAACAUGUUAACAAGCUCUUUCGCUGUCUUUGCCCGGGUGAAGUGAGGAAAAUUAGUCUAAAGUGCUUUCUCAAAGGACACAACGUCGGGUCUGAGUCUGAGGCUCGAACCCCCGAACCCGCAACCUCACGAUUACGACUCCGGUAGCCUAACUACUCCUAAACUAGAGAUAUAAUUACCGGACAAUGACGCCUUCUAUUGCCUUCUAGUAAAGAGUCCGAGUCAAAUCCUCCAAUCUAAAAAAAAAAGAAAGAAAAACAAAAGAUGUUUUACUACACCAACGUGUUCGUGGUAUGUUUGCAACAAAGGUAGACUAUGGAUAGUUAUUGUUUGUUUUUUUGUUAAUGCAUACAUGCCACUCCAUCAUUUAUUAUUUACACUACAAACGAGCGUGCUUGUCCGCUCAAAAAACCAAGAUGUAAGUAUACACUGUACACGUAAUUGUGUAAAAGAAAAACUGCCAAUGGACGGGUGCAAUACAUAUGUACAUGUAUGAAUUCGUUGUGAUUUAAUUUAAACAAUUUCAGCUACCGAAAGACAACGUGCAAUAAAAACUGGCAUGACAUUAUAAUGACGAAAUAGUGUGCAAUAAGUGUGGACACGGGUCUUUUCUUUAUUAUAUAGCCUACACUGGAACUUAUAGUGCAUGACUAUGCCAUGUGGUAGCAAGAUAUUUUUCUUCGCCCGACAGGCCUACCGAUUUGCAAUAUAUACAUAUUAUUGUUAUUAUAUAAUGAAUGUUACUGGGUGCCUAUUGCGGAUGGGAUCGGGUUGGGAUCAGCGCCCGACUCGUCGCCUGAAAACACGUUUGUUUUUUAGGCGACAUGUCAACUUGUGCCACGAUAGCCGCUUUGCGCCCUCAAUCUGGCUCGCAAAACCGAUCCGACCCAACCCGAUUCCCCAAUGGGCACCCCGUAUAAACGAUGCACUUUUAUUAUAUAAAUUACAACGGGCUCGUGUCACAGGAAGGUUGAGUCAGCAUUUAUUUUAAGUAUGCUCAACAAUUUUGUAACGUGCAAUUAGGAGUGGACCAACGCUGUGCAUCCCGGAUAUUUUAAAUAUUAAAUUAUGCCAAAUGAAAUGUGAUACCGUGCGCCUGUUUGUUGUUGAACAGCUGUGGUUGAUGAUGCAUAAUAAAGUAAGUUUACUCUCUUUGA